CGUUGCUUGCACGCUGUUUCUUGAGUUUACCGUUUUAUAUCUUCCAAACCUAGUGUGGUUUUACCACCUUUUCAGUACAAAAGAUGAUUCAAACUAAAAAAAGGUCAGCGGCCAACGAGUCAUCUGCGGAAAAAGUGAAAAAGCCAAAAUUGAUUAAAUCUGUCUCCGAUGAAGAUCAGCCGGCUAAAAAAUUCUCGAUGCGACUGGAUCACAAUUCGAAAAAGCAGAGUGGUAAGUUUCAGAAAAAAAUAUCCACAACCGAUGGGCAGAAAACCGGAUUCAAACAGUUUGGAGAAAAAAAGCCGUUCGUUGAGAACACACCGGAAGCCAAGCGGGAAUACUGGAAUGGCCUAAAAGCCAAGCAAAAGGAACUGCGUGAACAGCGGCGUAAGGCAAAAACGAAAGAUCUUUAUGAACUUAGUGUGGGUGCAAAGAAAGUCUACGAAACUCUCAAGAGAAAAAGUACGGAAAAUAAAGAAGAACUGGUCGUUCGGCUGCACCAGAUGCUGAGUAAGGACAACACCUACAGCCGAAUUGCUACAAGUCACGAUACGGCUCGUGUUAUUCAGUGUAUGAUUAAAAACGCUUCCGUGGAACUGCGUGCACAGAUAGCGGAUAAGUUAAUACCGGCUAUCUAUGAGCUUGCCACUUCUAAAUAUGGUCACCAUUGUGUGACGAAUCUCCUGAAAAAUGGAUCAAAACCUUUGGGGGUCAAAAUUACGGAUGCUAUCAUCAAACAUGUUGUGAAAAUGACUAAUCAAGCCUUCUCUGGGUCGAUCGUAGACUUGGUUUAUAACGAGUAUGCUACCAAUGAGCAAAAAGCGUUUAUGCGACAAGCUUUUUAUUCGGAAAUUUAUCAGCAUAGCAAGGAUAAGACUGUGUCCUGCAUGAAGGACACCUGGGAGACAAAUAGUUACAUGAAAAAGACCGUCAUUUCAACAGUUAAAGCUCAUUUGGUUCAGGCGGCAAACAAGCAACUCACGGAUAAUGCUUUGCUGCAUACUCUAAUGUUAGACUUUCUACAGGAAGCUUCAGAAAUCGAACGUUCGGAAGUCAUAGAAUUGUACCUUCCUCAUUUGGCAGCGAUUUCCAGCACAAAAGACGGUGUGUCUGCUGCUAUAUAUUGCUUCCUUAAUUCGGUGGUUAAAGAUCGUAGGGCGGCUCUGAAGGCACUUAAGCCAUACGUAGAAAAAUUGAGUAUUCACGAGCAUGGCCAUCGUUUGGUUCUUUGCAUUCUUAACUGUUACGACGACACAGUCAUUUUGGGUAAACAGCUGGUGGUGGUCCUGCUGGAACACGUGGAAAACAUUGUUGCAAGCGGUGAAUGGGGCCGAAAAGUUAUAGGGUGGAUAUUUUCACCGGCCGAUAAGGAUCUGUUACAUCCGACACAGAUCGAAAUUCUAGAUGGCUUUCUAAAGUACAGCAAAAAGGAUAAAGAAAUCCGAAGGCGGGAAAUUCUCGCGACUGCGGUGGAGCCAUUCUGCAAAGCUGUCGAAGCUAACGCGAGUUUCUGGCUACGAGGUGGACACACUGCUCUUCUAACGGCAGCCGCCUUGAAGAAUCUUUCGGGAGAUCAUAUACAAAGAGUUCAGCAAGCCCUUGCGAAAGUAAUUUGUGAUCCACAGUGGCAGAUCCAUGAAAACGAGGUCAAUCAAGAAGGAUUACCUAUAUUAGAGGAAGCGAUAAAGAAACCGGAUGUGAAUAAGAAAGACGGCAAAAUUAAGAAAAUCAAAAAGAGUCCCUUCGCUGAGGAAAAGGAGAAAAAGCGCUUGAAACAACUUGAGGCUAAUCCAUUGGUAAAUGGAAUCGAGCACGCAGGAUUGCACAUUGGUUUAAAGAAAAUUAUUAAACUGGACUCGGAGAAACGUCAGCAAGAUGAAAAUAGCUUCCAGUUCGGAAAGGCAAUAAUCGAACAGUUGGAAGAUGAAUCGGUUGCAACGUGGGUGCAGCAUAAUCGGCCUUGCUUUUUGCUAUUAUUAAUAUUUGAAAACAGUACCGACUCGGUUCAGAAACAAUUAAAACAAAAGUUAAAAUCAGUCAAACCAAAAUUGAAACUUCAAAAACACGCCGGUGCCAAAUUACUGCUUGAAAAAUUGAAGCUUUAGUAUUUGCGGCUCAAGGAUAUGUUUAUAGUUAUUAAAAUAUAAAUUUUCAACCAGGA